GAGAAAUCGAAACUAAAGUUAGGGAAUAGGCCUACACUGACUAGGAAGAGAGAAGAGGCGAAACUGGCCGAGGAGCAAAGUUUAGAUGGAAACCAAAUAAAGACAGUAGUUGUGAGUUUUAAGAUAUGUUUUUAUUUUAGAGACAUCUUUUUUAAAUGCAAUUUUAUCUUAAAUUUCCGCCGCGGCGUCAUUAAUGAUGGACCGGAGUCGAGACUCUGCUGCAACAUUACACGAGUUCGCACAGAAAAGAAAGUGGGUGUUGAGCUAUGAGAUUAGCUCUGUUGGGCCUGACCAUGAUAAAACAUUUACUAUCAGUGCAGUUCUGAAUGGUAAAGCCUAUGCCCAUGGUGUGGGGAAGACGAAGAAAGAGGCCAAACAGAAUGCAGCUGAAAAUACUUUGAGGUUGUUGGAGAUGGAACAACAGAACCCAAUUGACUCUACAGAAAAUGCAACUACAAACCCAACUGCAUUAGUUUAUCAGACAAGUGUCUCUGAUGACUAUGUAAACUUGCUCAAAGAAUAUUGUGAGAAGAAAAAGAUCCCUAUAAAGGCUGUGGAGUCAGUAAGUCUGGAGCCAAAAACUGCAUCUCUUAACCGCUGUAGCUUUGUGGUUGAUAACAAAGAGUAUCCACCUGCCUUUGGGAAAACGAAGAAGGAAGCCAAGGUGGAAGCAGCCAAGAUUGCUUAUCAGAGCUUGGGUGUUAAGUCUGAAGACCAAAAGGCGAGAGGGCCAAAUUACAUUGGAAUUGUUACUAACUACUGUGACAAAACAGGCCGAAUCCUGAAUUUCAUUGAGGUGGAAAGAUGUGGUCCACGUCACAACCUUCAAUUUUUCUACAAAGCGGUGAUCAAAGAUAAAGACUACCCCAUAGGCGAAGGUAAAACUGCCAAGGAAGCCAAACAAAAGGCAGCUGAGCUGGCCUGGUCUGGUCUUCAAGAACAAUCAGACUGGGACAGUAAGGUGUCCUACAGGUCAUCUAUAUCACAAGAUAGUACCUCAUCAUUGUUGUCAUCACCAACUAUGCUGCAAUUUCAAAAGACAUCACGACAAAGUAUAACAAGGAAUACAAGUCAAUCAGUUAUACUGACCGUUGCAUCGAACCCUGUUCAGGUGCCCAUGAGGUCAGCUGUGUCUGUAGACAGUGCACCAUCCAUGUUGUCAACACCAUCUUCAUUGGAGUCUCUUGAAGCAUCAUCACAAAGCAUGGCAACGGGUACAAGUGACUCUGUAGUCUUUACAGAUUCAUCCAACCCUUCAAGCGAUAAGGAUGCUGCUAAAAACAAAAAUAGCGAAAUCAGGCCAACUGAUGGAUCAACCCAGUCACGGUUUACUUCGGAGUUUGAUUCCAUAGAAAGUCUUGCUAAAGGAGGCUUUGGUCGUGUUUUUAAAGCAAGAGAAAAACUGGUGGACAAUUAUUAUGCAGUAAAGAUUGUCCCCAGCAAAGAAAAGGCUCUACGAGAGGUUGGGGCACUAUCAGAACUCCUUCACUGUAAUAUUGUUAGAUACUACAAUUGCUGGAUAGAGGAUUCAGAAUACCAAUGGGACAGUACAGCUGACAAUGACAGCACUACACAGUCUACCAGUAAUUCAUCAUCACAGUACCUCUACAUUAAGAUGGAGUUGUGUGACAACAAAACACUCAAAGAUUGGAUAAAUGAGAAGAAUGAGGAAACUCUGCAAGAUUCCAGGAGAAGAGAAGAAAGCCUACCCAUUGCUCAGCAAAUAGUCAGUGGAGUUGAGUUGAUUCACUCUAAGAACUUCAUCCACAGAGACCUUAAGCCUCCCAACAUCCUGUUUGGACGGGGUGGAGAGGUGAAAAUUGGAGACUUUGGACUGGUUGCACCUGAGAAUGAUGAUGAUGAUGAUGAUGACAAAAACCAGACAGAGAGAACUGGCAAAACAGGAACCACAUCUUACAUGGCUCCUGAACAACGGAGCAAGACAUGGUAUGACCGCAAAGUGGAUAUAUUUGCUUUGGGGUUGAUAUACUUUGAACUCCUCUGGAACCUUUCUACUGGCCAUGAAAGAGGAGUGCUGUUGACCAAUGCUAGAAGUCAGAAGCUCCCUGAGGAAUUUUCACAGAAUUUUCCCAAAGAGAAUCAACUAAUUAUGUCGAUGCUCUGUGAGAAGCCAGAGGACCGACCUGAAGCAAGAACAUUAAAGACAGAACUGGAAGAAUUGGCUCAGAUAUUCAAUGCACAAGAUAAUAUGCAUCACAAAACAAAACCAUCUGAUCAUCACAAGGACUUGUGAUAUGUUAUAGGGGUCCGUUGAAAUAUGUCUCUUCUGAUGUCUGUAAUUAAAUUAUUAUAUGUACUUUUAUAAAUAUAAUGAUGUAGGAAAAUGGUAACCUACUGCACUCAGAGCGCUUAUACUUUGGCACUUCAACAUACAGAAAGGAGGCCAAAUUCUCCCUCAGGGUUCCAGUCAUCAACUGGGCAGCCUCAGUAUGUGGUGCAUGAUGGAAAAAGGGAGCAAAGAUUAUGUGUU